AUGCGCUGCGCCCGAGCAACCACUCCCCACUCGCUCCUCCCGCUGGUGUUGUUGUCGCUGCCAGCAGAGGCUGUGUCGCGUCGGUGUGUAAGCUCUGCAAAGGCGGCGACCAACACACCACGGAGUGGAGCGCCCAGCCGGGCAGAUAAACGUGACAACGUGAGGCUGCUAUUCUCGCAAGCCUUCAAGGGUACGGAAGAGACGCUAGUGCGGUCAUCUGGACGUCCGUGGCAGCAACCCAUGGCAUCGCCGGCCUUCGGCACAGCCAGUAAAGUGUUCUCGGCGUCGAGUCGCAGUAACAGGGCGCGAAGGGCGAAGACGGCGAGAGAGUUGUUCCCGGAGAUUCGUGCGCUAUUCCCUGAUGUUGGUACGACGUGCACACCCCACAGGGCUCCGCCUCCUUCAUUCACGUCAAAGGCGGUGGAGGUAAGAGCAGGUGGGCGAGCGCAAUGGAAGGGAAUUGGGAAGGAGGCCGAACAGCAGCAGCGGCAACAGAUGUCUUCUGGCGAAGGUCCAUCAGUGUAUGUGCCAUGUAACUCACAACGGACUUCUGAAACACCUUCAGAAGCAGGUGCUGCUUCUGCCACAGACGCUCAACGGUAUGCGUUUGCGUAUGGAUUCUGGCAACGACGCAAUGAAUUCCUGCUGCAGCUGCAGCGGGAUACCCUGCAGCUUACGAAAGGGGUACAAUACAUGCGUGACGUGCAAGAGGAUGAUUUCAAAAAGUGCAUGACGAACACGUCACAAAUUACUUUUUUCUUCGUAUUUCCAUUCGUACUGUUGGUGAGUGCCGUUCUCUUCAACGAGUCUGUGUUGUACGGCGCGGAACUUAAUCACCUGCGGCUGAUCGACUAUGAUGAGUGGUUAAACAAGAAUGACGAAAGAAGGGGCAGUUUUAGGGUGGCUUCCAAGGGUGGGAAAUGA